AUGAGUUUUCUUGCAAAGCUCUCACAGCUUAGAAAGAAGCCUGCGACCAAACCAGGCGAGAAGACCAUGGAUAAAUCUCCAAAACCCGUUUCAGGUGUAAUACUUGAUCCACUUAGAAGCGAGAGCUCUCUCCUUCCUCAAAAGUAUGUUAGAGAGGAAGACCCUGCUAUUAGAAGACUGAAGGAGCUUCGACGGAAAGAACAGUUGAAAAACGCGCCCAAGAACAAACCUGGUGCACCUUCUAGUAGAAAGAAAAAGGAUGAAAACUCCGCAACAGCUACAGAGACCAAGUUCCGGAGAAAAGUGGGUCAGUCUACUAAGCCGCAAAGACCAGUGGCGCCUGUUAGGAGGGAACCUCUCAAGAAACUUAGCUUCGAUGAGCUUAUGAAGGAAGCAGAAAAGAAGGCAAGCGACCCCUCCACUGAUUCAAAAGCACCUUCUGCUCAGAAAGCCACUUCUUCGAUUGCUAAGCCCAUUAAGUUGAAUAAGCCCGGCUUUAAUAAGGGCGCUAGACGUACCCCCGCCGCAGCUCCAGUUAGCAAGCCACGUGAACGGAAGGAACCGACAGUGAAACUUAAACAGCUCUCGAUUCCAAAGUCUUCAAUCGCUCAGCCUGGCGAAAAGCUACGCAAGAAGUUGGAUUCCAUCAAAAAGAAGCGCCAGGGAGAGGCUUAUGGGUACGAAGAUGAAGAGGACUUAGAUGAUUUCAUUGAGGACGACGAGGAAGAGGAAGGAUUUAACCGCGACGAGAUUUGGGCAAUCUUUAACAAGGGGAAGAAAAGGCGGAACUUCGAAAACGACUAUGAUUCCGAUGAUAUGGAGGCCAAUGAAAUGGAGAUUUUAGAGGAAGAAGAACGCGCAACAAAAAUGGCUAGGUUGGAAGAUAAGCAGGAAGAAGAAUGGCUUAAGAGACACGAACAAGAAAAGAGACGAAAAUUUGUCAGGCCAUGA